GCUACCUAGCGUGUGAGCUCUUCGGCUAGCUUAGCGUGAGCAUGAGUGAACUGACGGGCUGCACACAGUCCGCUGACUCUGCGUCGAGGAAACGGUGUCCAUCACCCGACCAGGAUGAGGGCAGCGCGAUUCCCAGCAAGUCGGCAAAAGUAAGUGACGCACCAGACGCGGCGCGGGUGAGUUCAGAAACUUGCAAAAACAGUGAAGCCGAGAGUAAAGAAACAGCUGGAAGCCAGUCGAAAGAGAGGGAGAAGGAGUCAGCAGCAGCCGUGCAGAAGGAUCAGAGUUCAGACGGUGCAAAUGGCACCAGCUCACUGCCUGUCAACAACUCCAGCACGGAUGCCAGCAACUCAGAGAAGCCAGAGUCAUCAGAUGCACCCAUGGGGUCUGCAGGUGGAAAGAAAAACGCAGCCAAGACAGAGCCCUCGAAGUCCUCGAUUCCUCUGGAGCAAACCGACUCAGCAGCCAUAGCAGCCGCUGAAGCACUUGCCAGUCUCACAGGAGGAGACGGAGAGGACAGUCGAGAGACCCCUUGCUCAUCUGAGAAGGUGAAGCCGGCGAAACAGGGGAGCAAAUUCAAACAACGCGGGGCCCACCAGUCCUCAAGAGUGGGCUCUCGGACACAGGCGGCCGCUGCGGACAGCUCCACAUCCGUGCACAGCACCGACAGGGAAGACGCAGACGAUAUGCAAGAAGCGGAGGAAGGCGACGAAUCGAUAUCGGGUUCGUCCUCCACCCCGAGCUCCUCGUUCCCGUCGGACAACGAGGACAACGACGACGGGGAGUGCGCCAUCGUGUCGGUGAAGAUGGCCCCGGAGAUGAGGCAGUCCGUGGCUCUCCUGGCACAGGUGCAGAUGAGGCUGGAGGCCCUUGAGAAAAAAGGCGCCCGGCUUCACCAGAAGCUGGAGUUGAAGAUCAGUCGUCAGCGGCGCCCGCAGUUGGAUCAGCGCAGCUCCAUCAUGAAAACCAUCCCUGGCUUCUGGGUGACGGCUCUGUUGAACCAUCCACAUCUUUCAGCACACAUUGACGAGACCGAUGAAGACGCUCUCAGCUACAUGACGGAUCUCGAGAUUGAGUCGUUCAAGAAUAACAAACUCGGCUACAGGAUCCGCUUCCACUUCAGACGAAACCCAUACUUCCAGAACAACAUCAUCAUGAAGGAGCUUCACCUUGGGAUGGGAGGAUCUCCCAUGUCCUUCUCCAACCCAAUCCUCUGGCAUCGUGGACACAACCUGACGGCCCACAGUGAACCCAGGAAGUCGUCACACGGUGUUUACCAGACCUUUUUCAGCUGGUUCGGUGACCAUAGCAACCCAGGACAAGAUGAUGUAGCACAGAUUCUUAAGGACGACCUGUUCAGAGACCCUCUGAGAUACUACCUCACUCCACUGUGGGAACCGAGGGAGAACGGCAGUGGUGGCAGCGGGGCCAGAGCAGCUGACAACGGUAAUGGAGACGAUUGUGUCGUGAUCUCUGACUCGGAUGAGGAGCCCGGGGAGGACGCUGGGGAGGCUGAACAAGGUCACAGUCGGGAGGAGGAGGAGGAGGAAGAGGAGGAUGAAGAGGAGGCGGCGGAGGAAGAAGAAGAGGAGGAGAAAGGGCCAAGCGCUGAUGAGAGCCCAGAGGAGGGCGAGGAGGAUGAUGCUGGAGAACUUGUGAUCGACGGCUCUGAUGACAGCGAACAGGACGAAGAGGAGGAGGCCUGAGAAGAGGAAGAGGAGGAGAAUUGGACCAGAGACCAGGAGGAUGAAGAGGACGCCUGGUUUGGAAGAGACCCAGAGCAAUUAAUUGUCAUUUUUAUGCACAGAAUAUCUGUUCUUUUUUUUUUUUUUGUUGUUGUUUUAUACCUAAAACAGGUAGAAACCAUUUUCAAUCAGGGUUAACUGUAAUAAUAAAGCCAAGGCAGCAUGUUUCCCCCUCUAUUUUAUACAGUCAGUGCUGUGUAUUCUGAUGUACUCUGAUUCACUCUUUUUGCAAAUUGUUGUUUUCUUAAUAAUCUGUUCUUCGGCAUGUUGUGCCUGUCGAUUCUCAUUCAAGUAGUGUUUCUCUGUCGAUGCGGAACAUACGGCAAAGCCUACACACAAACACACAUGCACACACACACACGGUGGGGAGAACAGGUGAGGGAUUGUUGCUACUUAUGGCAUAAUAAAUGUUCUUCAAAACAAAACAAAAAAAAUGCAGAAAGUUAAAGUGGCAUUAACAGCGGUCAUUUUAAAGGCGGUGAAUUAUGUCUGUUAUCAGAGUCGAGGUGUCAAAAGAUGAACUUGUCUAAAGCUAAAUUGAAAUAAUGAUGACCGUACAUUUCAGAUGCACUGAGCACUGAACCAAAAUUAGCUCUCAGGGAUGAUCAUGGUGGUAGUUUGAUUGAACGGACAUGACUGAUUUCCACACAUUCACACUCUCUGGUUGUUGUCGGCUGUGUAUAAGGAAACGUGUACUCUACUGUAGUAAUAGGACCAGAUAUUGUUUUUAAUAUGCUACCUGUGUUCUCCUUAACUCUAUGUUCAGUCUUCUCACACACAACUCCCCCCCCGACCCAUUUUAACCAAUCUCUGAUCUCUAAAUCACUGCGUACUUUGACCAAUGUGUCCGUGGAUCCCUUCCCCUGUUUUUUGUAACAUGCUCCUCCAAUAAGUAGUUUUGUAUUUUUCACCUCCGGAUUUUUAACUUACUUUGAUUUGCAUUCUGAAACAUUUACAAUUUGAGGUCAUGUCAUGUGUUUUUAAAGAUUUGUUGUGUAAUUGUUUUCUUUUUAAAAAAGACUGUAUUUAUUACAUUGCUUUUUCUUUUUUUUUCUUUUUUCUACAUGUCCACGUUAUGGCAUGCCUGUGAGCAUGAAGUGUAAGACGGGAUGAUUACAUUAAGGCUUUCGUUCUGUGCAGUGUCGGUAAAUGUCGUUUCACACACACCAACACCACGAGGUGCACUGUAACAAAACUCUAGUGUUUGUAUUUGCUUCCUUUUCUCAGCAGGUCCCUGUAAAUAAUAUUUCACCUCUGUCUUUUGGAUGAGACAAUUACACACGUUUCAUGGGUAAAUUUAUCAAAUAAUCUGGACUUUUUUCAUAAACAUGAUCAGAAAGGUAUAUUUUGUGUGCUGUGUUUUAUAGGACACCGUAGUUUAAGGAUACCUUCUUGUUUGUUGCUUUGGUUUGAUUUUGUUUGCUUAAAGAUAAAUGUCUACCUUUUGACUCGACCUAAUAAAAUAGGUAGUUGUUUCA